AUGCCGAACUGGAGAGACGAGUAUCUCUCAUCCCUCAAGGAUGCCGAGCUUCAGAACCCUGUGAACAUGGAGUUGGUUCAGACAUGUUCACAAAUGGCCGAUCGAAUAUCCGCGUUGGAGGCGGAAAAGGCAGCCUUGGAAUCACGAGCCUCAAACGUAAAUGUCGGUAAGCUGGCAUCAGGAUCAAAAGUUGGGGAUGCUUCAGCCACAGACGAUCCUGGCGUCGCUCAACUUCGUCUUGACCUUGCCGAGUCUCUUCGGUCCAAGGGAGUGACGGAAAGUCGGCUACGGACGGCAGAGGAAGAACUGUCCAAACUACGAACUAAGUUGAAGGAUGAUUCGCGGUCCAUCAGAGAUCUCACUACUGAGCGAGCCACCCUCACAACCAGGCUAAAGGAUCGGGAGCAUGAAAUUCGAGAGAAACGAAAGUUGCUCGAGCAAGUACAGGAUGAAAUGAUUACUUUGAAUCUUCAAAUGUCAGUGGCCGAGAAAGAAAGAGACAAGGUGAAGAAGGAGAAUAAGGAGCUCGUUGACCGAUGGAUGAAGCGUAUGGCACAAGAGGCUGAGGCCAUGAAUCUUGCCAACGAACCGAUGUUCGACAAAUAG